AUGUCGGGGAUCCCAAGGUCCGCUGAUUGGGCAGCCGUCGUCGGGGAUCUCGAUUCUAGAACCGAAGCGCAUUCGCACUUCUGCUGUGAUACUAACGGUGGUGAUACUACGGGGCAUUACGACGAUGUUACUACCUGUACCAGUUGCGUUGCUGCAGUUUCCGCAAAGGUCGCGGGGUUCGUGCUGCUGGUUCUGCUUGUGUGUUGCUGGCAGCUUUUGUCGGGACCUGAGGGUUACAUGGUUGGGGUGAAUCGAGAAAUUUUGGGCGGCGAACUGCACAUGGUGAGUCAACGAGGGUCGGCUCGGAGAGAGCUGCCGAGCCUCAGUGUCCGAGCCUCGGCGGCAGGCUCGGCGGAAGGAGAAGAUGCUGGUUCGGAUGAUGCUGGUUCAGCAGAGGUAGUGACUACUGCAGAUGAAACGGUCAAUGACAUGCCCGUUUCAACUAGUGACACAUUGGGGGAAGUUGAAACGCUUUCAGACGAGGCGUUAUCCGGCGAUGAGUCAUCUUCGCUGACUGAAACGCUCGCUGCCGAAGCUGACCCGGAGGCUCGGCGCCUGGAGGAUUCUGGCUUGGAAGCUGAGAUACAGGCGUGGGUGGGAGGCAGAGGGGCUGGGGACGAGGGGGAAUCAGCAGGAGAAGCAGGGGUUGAGGAGCUCGCAGGAAGAGCUGAGAUUGCAACAGUAGCAGAAACAGGGGCAGGGGCAGAGCACCUUGCUGAGCUUGCUUCUGCCCGGGGCAGCAGCGGGGUUCGAGUUUCAGCUGCCCGCGAGGAGGGUUCGCCUGCCCGAAAACAAUGGUCGGGUGAAGUAGUGUGUAGCAAUGCAUGGGAGCGAACCCUCCAUGCUCGCCUGGCUGGGGACGAGGAGAGUCAGAAGCGCCGCCCCUCUCAACGCCGCCUGUCCCGUUUUCAUGCACCUCCAGACGACCACAAGGGUCAAGCGGGACGCACUCGACGCCUCUUGUCCGUUUCUAAGGCGCGUUCGAAGACAGAUGGGAGCCAUGAGGGUCGAACCCGAACCGGGUUGUCUUUGGAGGACCGCUCCAGUUUUUCCAGUGCCAUGAAUGGGGUGAAUGACAAAGUGUUUGCCAUGAAUGUGCUUGAUCGCUCCAGUUCCAGUCCCGCGCGCAAUGGUAGCCGGAGCUUGGGUCACCCUUCCGAGCCUGUGCAGCUUCCCGGGCCUGUCCAGUCUUCCGAGCCUCCGCAGGCUCGGCAUAUACUCGAGGCUCUCCGGAGCAACAAGACGACAUCUGGGGGAGGUGCUACCUGGCCCGAGUCCUGCUGGCCCAUACCCCACGUUCCAUUCUCCAGCCCCAAGGUAUUCACAAACCCGCGUUUCCUCGUGCUGGCAUUCGCCAUGGAGCAAACCAGCAACGCCAGAGGCCACCUGCUGGAAGCUGCUCGGCUUGCACGGCUGACGGGGAGGGUGCUGGUGCUGCCGAACGUGGGUAGCAGCCGCGUGUCAGUGGGGCGACAGCACCCCCUCUGCUCUUACUGGGACCUCUCCCGACUCACUCAUUCCUCCUCUCACUCCUCCACUCACUCCUCCUCCUCCUCCUCCUCCUCCUCCUCCUCCUCCUCCUCCUCCUCCUUCUCCUCCUCCUCCUCCUCCUCCUCCUCCUCCUCCUCCUCCUCCUCUUCCUCUCAUUCCUCCUCUCAAACCCAUUCCUCCUCACCUCUCUCCUCGCCCCUCCCAUCGCACCUCCCUGUGGACUGGGUAUCGCCUGAUCUCUUCCUCCUCCUCGCCCGUUCCUCCCUCUCCGCUGCACUAUCGGUUGGCUUCAUGUGCGUCGAAACGCCCUCACUCAACCGGCCCUGCUUUAACUUCGGGGAGGUGGCAUCUGGGCUGGGUGCCAUCCUCACCUACUCCCUCGGUCAACUGCCCACGCGUGCCAACACUCAAGUCAUCACAGUCCGCAAGGCAUCUAGGUUCCUCAAAGCUUUCCAAAAGUGGGACCACACAGACGUGGUGGUGUGGGUGAAAACAACCUACAAGAAAAUGGCAAUCCGUCCGCCCACCUCCCUCCUCGCGCCCGUCCUGCUGCCCUACCACCCGCGCUGGCACUCCCUCGCUCGCUCCAUCUCAGAAGCACUCCCCCGCCCAUACAUCGCCCUGCACUUCCGCUCCGAGUACAUUGCCUGGCUUGUGGGAGGGAAGCUGCAGCAGGAGCAGAAGAUCGGCAAGCAGAUGCACUGGUGCGUGGCAGAGGCAGCAAGAACCGUGCACCAGGUGCAGCAGCAGCUCUCCAAGGGGAUGGAGGAACCUGUGGGCUAUGGUGGCUUACCCAAGAGGAGUAUCAUGAUUGAUGAGAUUGUUCCUUCGGUCAAUAAACUCGAUCCAGGGAUUGUGGGAAUACUGGAUAAGCUUAUUGCUGCACAAGCGGACAUGCUUGUAGUUGGGCGGCAGCGAAUGGUCGGUGCGCGUAUCAGCGCAGCCGGGCAGGGAGGCUCCGCGUCGUGGCUGGUGCAAAACGGCGGCGCGACGUGCGACAUCUCUGUCGGCACGUGGAUUCCCAGCAGCACGCGGCCCGCGUACGCGUCCACGUGUCCGUACAUCUCGAGCAAGUUCAACUGCGUGCAGAACGGGCGGCCCGACGGUGGUUACCAGCAUCUGAUGUGGCAACCGCGCGACUGCAACAUGACACUCUUUUCCCCACUACACUUCGCGCUCAUGUUUCAAGACAAGACGCUCGCGCUCGUGGGCGACUCGAACGCGGAGUACCUUUUCCAGUCGAUGCGCUGCCAGCUCAGCACAGGCCUCGAAACCGAGAGCGUGAACACGACAACCGCAGGGGCAGAGGCGUUUAGAGUGAUAAGCUCCAACACCCUCGUGUUGCUUGUUGACGCGCCCUUCCUGUCCUACGCUGCUCCUGUCGCUCCUACUUUCAGCUCUCGUGCUGCUCGUUGUCGCGCCCUUUCUGUCCUACGCUCCUGCCGUGCCGGUAAGUGCAGUGCGAGUGCUAUUCCCGCUUUUCAGCUCUCUUGCUGCUCGUUGAUAGCACCCUUCUUGUCAUUCGCUGCCCCCCUACAAUACUCCGCUGAAUCCCCCUUCUCUCUCAACCCACUUCCUUCCCCCUCGCUCUUCCCCCUCGCUCUUCCCCCUCGCUCUUCCCCCUCGCUCUUCCCCCUCGCUCUUCCCCCUCGCUCUUCCCCCUCGCUCUUCCCCCUCGCUCUUCCCCCUCGCUCUUCCCCCUCGCUCUUCCCCCUCGCUCUUCCCCCUCGCUCUUCCCCCUCGCUCUUCCCCCUCGCUCUUCCCCCUCGCUCUUCCCCCUCGCUCUUCCCCCUCGCUCUUCCCCCUCGCUCUUCCCCCUCGCUCUUCCCCCUCGCUCUUCCCCCUCGCUCUUCCCCCUCGCUCUUCCCCCUCGCUCUUCCCCCUCGCUCUUCCCCCUCGCUCUUCCCCCUCGCUCUUCCCCCUCGCUCUUCCCCCUCGCUCUUCCCCCUCGCUCUUCCCCCUCGCUCUUCCCCCUCGCUCUUCCCCCUCGCUCUUCCCCCUCGCUCUUCCCCCUCGCUCUUCCCCCUCGCUCUUCCCCCUCGUGCCUAUUGUCCCUUCUUCUCUUCAUCCCCUUCUAUGCCAGUGCAUGUAACGUGCAUCUGGACGGGCUACACUCAACUCUCCACUAACCCAAACCCAACAAAGCCUUUCCUUCCCUUUCCUCCACUUGUCUUUCUUGCUUGA